UGCGCCAUUGCGUUGUUUGACAACCUUCAUUAAACAUCACGAAGAAGAAGAACUGUAAACAGUAAUGUGCCAUGGAGACUCUGCGGGUGCUCGAGUUAUACAGUGGGAUAGGAGGGAUGCAUUAUGCUUUAAAGGACAGUGGCAUACCUGCACAGGUAGUAGCUGCCAUCGACAUAAACACCACAGCCAAUCAAAUCUACAGUCACAAUUUCCCCGACACCGCCCUCUGGAACAAGACCAUAGAGGGCAUGACACUAGAUGACUUCAAUAAAUUAUCUUUUGACAUGAUUCUGAUGAGCCCUCCUUGCCAGCCUUUCACCAGGAUAGGUCUUCAGGGGGACAUUGCUGACCCCAGAACCAAGAGCUUCCUCUACAUCCUUGAUCUUCUGCCGAGGCUGCGCAGGCUGCCCCGCUUCAUCCUGCUGGAGAAUGUGAAAGGCUUUGAGACGUCCUCUGCCAGGGAACGUUUGGUGAACACACUCGUGGAUUGUGGAUACACUUUCCAGGAGGUCAUGGUCUCACCCACAAGUGUUGGGAUCCCAAAUUCAAGACUGCGUUAUUUCCUCAUCGCCAAAAUUUCAACAGAAAACUCAAACAUCCAGAGUUCAAAGAUUUUAGAGGCCUUCCCACAUUCUGCUGAGCCGCCCACAGUCUUGAGUCUUCCACGUCCAGGUACCUGCCAGCCUGAAGAGGAAAUGCAAGAAGGUCGUGUCUUGUAUAAACUUGAGACGACAACGGACGCCGAGAGGAAGAUGCGUCAGAACAACGAUCUGUCUCUCAGGCUGGUCCAAGACUUCCUGGAACCACAGAUAGAAGUAAACAUGGAGCACUAUCUCCUUCCUCCUAAAACACUGCUGCGAUAUGCUCUGCUCUUGGACAUUGUUCGGCCCACAUGCAGGAGGUCUGUCUGCUUUACCAAAGGCUAUGGGCGGUAUGUGGAGGGAACUGGCUCAGUGCUGCAAAGCUGCAUGGAAACAGAGAUGGAGAGUGUGUUUACAGGUCUGGACCAGCACUCUGAGGAUGAGAAGCUCCAGCGGCUGUUGACACUGAAGCUGCGUUAUUUUACCCCCAGAGAAGUGGCCAACCUCAUGGGCUUCCCUCAAAGCUUCUCCUUUCCGGAGCAGAUCACCACCAAGCAGCAGUACAGAGUUCUAGGAAACAGCCUCAACGUCGUGGUGGUGGCCAGACUCCUGCAGCUGCUGGUGUCCUAACACAUGGGACUCUGAAGGAGGAGAGCGUCCUUCACUGUGGCUUAUAUUACAGAUUACUUUCUGCACAGUGGCUGUGCUUCAACAUGUAGUCUGUUAGUUGGGAAUGUUAACUGGUUAGUAACGUUGGACCACUGAACAGUGACAUGUUUCUAACAGAACACGUCUCUGUGGGCUGAACAUAAACAUGUUUUUGUUUUUUAUAAGCACAAUUAUAGAUUUUUUUAAUAAUCAAAAUAAAAACUAACUUGUGAAGCACA